CAUGAAUACCAGUCUUAUUGAUUCAAAGAUUUGAACCUCAGACACUUCUAACAAGUCCCUCAUGACCCCGCGGACCAUUAAUUCAGGUCGCUCUUGUCUGGAGUGCCGUCGACGCAAGAUCAGGUGUGACAGAUCGUUCCCAUGCAGUUAUUGCAUUCACACCAAAAUUCGCUGCGCAUACCCGCCACCUGAAACCGGCAGACGCCCAGCUGCCCAGGGAAACAGAGAUCUUCAGAACCAGAUAGAUCACCUAGAGCGGAGGUUAUUAGCGCUUGAACAGGUUGUUUCUACAACUCGCGAUCUGCUUCAGACACCGUCCAAUCUAUCAGACAGUGAUACUCUCCAGAUCGAUCACGGUGUUUUGGGACACCAUGAUAGUCCUUCGGAAUUAACAUCCCGGCCUCGUCAGCCACAAUUUCGAUCAGUUCUACAGGUUCUGCGCGAAGCUGAUGAUCGACCGUUGAACAGCACCAGACAUGAGCCUACUCUGACCAUACGACUGUGGCAGACUUACCUUGAGUUCGUUGAUCCCCUCCUGAAGAUUUUCCACACGCCUACCGUCCAGAGAUAUGUCGUGGAUUCUAUGGCCAACGAGGGGACCCUGGACGUAUCGAGACGAUGCCUGUUAUUCGCGAUAUAUUAUUCGGCCAUCGUGAUUGUGCCAGCAAGGUCUUGUCAUAACGUCUUCGGGGCUCACAAGACAUCCUUGCUGGAGAGGUAUCGGAAUCAGCUGGAAAAGGCCUUUGCCGAAGCCAACAUCCUGCGCUCUCAGGAUUUGACACUCUUGCAAGCGUUUGUCCUGUAUUUGACAACUGGGAGGAGGGACGAACGAGGACCUGAUGUGAGUGUUUUUAUUGGCCCGGUCAUUGAUAUAGCGUACGCAAUUGGGUUGCAUCGCGAUGGAGCUGAUGUUAAUCUACCUCCGUUUGAUGUGGAGAUGCGCCGCCGCCUUUGGUGGCAUAUCGUUACACUUGAUGUUCGCAUAGCUGAAGACUCCUCCACGGAGCCGCGUACCAGCUUGCUGAGCUUCAACACAAAGAUGCCAUCCAACACCAACGAUAUAUGCCUGGACCCGCAUAUGGGUAAUACCGCGGUGUGCCAGUCCGGGAAGACUGAAAUGUCCUUCAGUUUGAUCAGGUUCACAGUGACCGAAUUUGCACUUCGCUCCCUGUUUAGUAAACAACUUAGAACGGCCGCUGACUGUGAAACCCUGGAUUGCCAGCGAAGGCUCAAGGAGCUAGACCAACUCAAGGAAGGGUUAGAACUUCGUUACUUGUCAUGCUGUGACGAGAACAUUCCGUUUGAUUUUGUUGUUGCAGAAUCGACACGCUUGGUCUUGGCCAAGAUUAGGCUGUACUUACGCAGGCCGCCUCUAACCGAACACAACACAGUGCGGCCAUUCGUGCCAAAUUAUUGGAAGGAGUGCGUUGACAUCCUUGGCCAUGCAUAUUCCCUUCGCCGGUACGAGAAAGGGGCCAAGUGGCUCUGGUUAUUUCAAACAUACGUCGAAUGGGAUGCACUGGCGUAUCUCCUCAUCUAUCUAUGCUUCAAUGGAUGUGCAGGGGGAGCUGAAUCGGCAUGGAAAACAGCUGAAGACGUUUAUCAUCAUUGGAGAGAAGAUCCUGAUGUGUACCGAGACCGUCGCUGGAAACAAAUUGAAGCCCUGUGGCUAGAGGCGCAAUCUGGACGCAAGAGAGACCAUAUGGUCUCGCGGCAGUCACACCUAUGCGGUCCAGGUCAAAAUCCUGGUUUCACGGACGCUCCUAAUAAUCUUUCCUGUCCAGACCAGCCAGCGUACAUGCGACGACUCAACCAUACGUCUUCGACAACCAAUGGUAAACCAGAAGACUUCAGAUGUGAAAGAAAUUACCAGCCUUCGGAUUCCCAUCUUACCAACACUGCUCCCACUGGCGAUACUUCUCUCGGAAUUCCCCAACAGCUACUCACUGGUGCUGAAGAUGUUCCUACCAGUGGUACACGGUGUGAGUGGAGUGCCUUAUUGUUCGAGCGAUAUUUCAAUGUCCUGGACAAGAACAGCGAUGUUCUUAGUACGUCGAUUUAGUCGUAAUGAAGAACGCCUUCUAU